UCCUUGGCCAUUGCAGCUAGCAAAUCAUGAUAAAAUGUAUUUCAAAUUAUUUAUUGUCUAUGAGUGAUGUCUAUCAUCCAUUUGCAUUUUCUAUGAAAUCCCUUGAAAAUUUUAAAACACAAAAUUAAAAUAAAAAUCAAUUUUGACGUUUUAGAAAGCAUUAGCAAUGUCUUUUUAUUUGAGUGAAUUGUUCUUACAGUAGUGAGUGAAUAAAUUUAUUAUUAUGCCGAACUUCGUUUGUAUGUUGUAUGUUUGAUUUCCAAGUAUUUUCAGUUCGUUAACUUGAAACGGUAAUAUUAAAUCAUUUUAUUAUGACAAGUUGUAUUACAAAACAUUUGUAACUCUAAUCUGUAUCUGUGUGGAGUGUUAGAACUAUAGUUUGUUUUACUCGGUUUAGAAUAAAACUUCGAUGGUGUUAUUUGAUUUUGUAUUGGUGCUCGACAAAUUAAAGUGGAAAUGGUUCGAGUGAAUAGCUUAAUGGCUGCCCAGGAGGGUGUCAAAACACCACAUCGAAUUGAAUUGUGCGAGGAGAAGCUUGUUAAACCAAAACGGAAUUAUAGAAAACGCAGGAUUAUUGCAACUGCCACAGUAAAGACUGAAAAUGAUGAGUGGGAGCCACCCAACAAGAAAGCAGAAUUAAAGUCAAAGCCAUUGAAAGCAUCAAAUGGUAUUACAAACAUGACAAAUGGUAACACAGCAAGGUCGAGGGCGGCUAGAGCGGCCGCUCGUGCUGCCGAGAGCCACAAACUCACAGAAUACUUCAGAGAAGAAUUAAAAGUUCCAAAAUUAGAACCACCAUCAUCACCACCUCUACAAAAUGAUGUGAAAUCUGAAAUUCGUUCAAAAGGUGAACACCUAACAAAACUUGAUGCCAAAGUAAAUGGAAGCACUAAUCACAAAUUGACAGAGUACUUUCCUGUGAGACGUAGUGUAAGGAAGACAUCCAAAUGUGUUAUGGCUGAAAAGAUGAGGGACUUAGAACGUGCCAUAAGGGAACAAAGAGAAGACGGUCUUCAGGUGGCAUAUUUCAACGGCAAGGGUCGCGGCGUCAUCGCCACGAAGGCGUUCGGGCGCGGACAGUUCGUGGUGGAGUACGCCGGCGAGCUGGUGGGACUGGCGGAGGCGCGCGAGCGGGAGCACCGCUACGCGCAGGACCCCAACGCGGGCUGCUACAUGUAUUAUUUUAGACUUCAGGAUCAACAGUACUGUAUCGACGCAACAGCGGAGUCGCAGCGCCUGGGCCGGCUGGUGAACCACUCACGCAACGGCAACCUGUCCACGAAGGCGGUGUGGGUGGAUGGGCCGCGCCUCGUGCUGUUGGCGGCGCACGACAUCGCGCCCGGCGACGAGCUCACCUACGACUACGGCGACCGCUCCAAGCAGUCGCUGCAGCACCACCCCUGGCUUGCGCUCUGACCUGGGUAACAUUCCCUCUGUCACUGUAUAACACAAACCUCAAGUCAAGCUUGGACCUGCCGCGCCUCGUGCUGUUGGCGGCGCACGACAUCGCGCCCGGCGACGAGCUCACCUACGACUACGGCGACCGCUCCAAGCAGUCGCUGCAGCACCACCCCUGGCUCGCGCUCUGACUUGGGUAACGUUCCCACCGUCACUAUAUAACACAAACCCCACAAGUCAAUUUUGGACCUGCCGCGCCUCGUGCUGUUGGCGGCGCACGACAUCGCGCCCGGCGACGAGCUCACCUACGACUACGGCGACCGCUCCAAGCAGUCGCUGCAGCACCACCCCUGGCUCGCGCUCUGACCUGGGUAACGUUCCCUCCGUCACUAUAUAACACAAACCUCAAGUCAAUCUCGGACCUGCCGCGCCUAGUGCCGUUGGCGGCGCACGACAUCGCGCCCGGCGACGAGCUCACCUACGACUACGGCGACCGCUCCAAGCAGUCGCUGCAGCACCACCCCUGGCUCGCGCUCUGACCUGGGUAUGCAUCCAGGCAGUUUGUCUACUAACAAUUACUAUUAUUUAUUAAUUAAACGUUAGUUAAUAUAAAGUUUGUUAAGAUUUUUGUUGGAAUAGUUGAGAUCACUGUAUUGUUAAGUAGUAAGAAAGUGGCCUACUCUAGUUUGAUAUUUCAACAGGGUGGACAUUAAUUAAAAAAAAACUGCCUUUUAUGCCACUCAAUAGUUAUUAAUGUAUUUUAUAGUAAAUACAUCAAUAAAUUUAGUGACUCAUUUAGGAUUAGUGUGAUGUAAUACUGCUCUUCCAACUAAAUUCUGAUUUUGAGGCUCAGGUUAUGAGUCACUGUGGAAGUUGAGUAAUAAAGGAGAUGGUUCAAAACUGUAUGGAGCCCAGGAUCAGUCAUUGGCUUAAAUAAAAGAAAAUAUUUUUUUAACUAUUUUUGAUUAUACAAAUCUACGAAUUUACUUUGAAUCUUUCGUGAUAAUAUUUAUUCUCUCCCAAGAAAUGCAGCUCUAUAAAUAAUAAAGGCGGAUGGAUGAUGUUUUCAAUGCAGUAGUCGAUUUGACGUUUGCUGUCAAUUGUCAUGUCAUAGUUGCUCUAUGGGCGCCAUCUUGAUAAUAACUCGAAAACUUGGGUUUUAAUUUUAUUUAUUACUUAUUUAGAUUUUAAUAAAAUCCUUGUAUUUUUAAAAUUUUAAUGACAUGGGGUACAAGAGUGGACCUGAAAUAGACCAUCUCCUUUAAUUAUAAGUAUAACGUUAUAUGACGCCACCAAUGGUUGUUAAGGUAUGUUACGAUCUUAAUAAUAUAAUAUCAUUGGUAUCAGUAUUUCCUAUAUUUAAAAACUAUAUGUUAAGGGAAUGGACAAAACUCAUAAUCUCGAAUUUUUCUUAAGGAAGUUAUACUUAAAUUAUAAUGUUUAAAGUUAACUCAUGAUGUUUGUUUCACCUUAAUUUUAAUGUUAUUAUGUUACAAAUAUAUAACAGUUCCUGUUAGUGAACAUUGCAUCAUUUCCUUUUCAUUUAAUAUAGAAGGAGAAACACCAACACUCAAUUGAUAUGUGGUACAAAUAAUAUUGAAUUUCAUAGGGAUUUUAGUUUAUUUGCCUGAAUUUUUCUUACAAACAGGCAAACCGUGUAAUUGAUUUCUCGACCGCGCGGUUUAUGGGUGCGGGGUAAGGCGCAGAGGGAAGUAAGAUUGCGAUCCUUAUGAACCAUUGGAUGAGGAUCCACAACCAUGUGGAUUGCCUUUAAUUUCGAGUCAAGAAGAUAUUAGUCUCUUAAUUUCAAUGAAAUAUUACUGUCCUAUAAAAUUUACUUAAAUAUUGUAAAAUUGUUGUUCAAAAUUCUGAUAGGGAAAGAAGUAUUUGCGAGCAUACAGCACUCAAUCCAAGUGGGAGAUGGUUUACGAGUAUAUUUAUUAUAUUAUAUAUUACAGACGCGGCAAUGCUUAUGAUAAAUUACUCGUACUAAUACAUCCAGAGUAUUCUUAUUAAUUUACUAAUCAAUGUUGUUUCUAAGAAGACUGGUCGCACAUAUUGCUGCAUUCCCUCUGAGUACUAACGAGGCCCAAGUCUCAUAGGAGAUGUCCUUAGAGAGAUUGUUCCUGUAUGUUCUAGCUCAAACCAUCCACAUGACACUGCUGCUCUCCCAUUAAGGAGUGUGCUGUAAAAAUACACAGUAAAAAACCUAUAAUUGUUAUCUUUUGCACAUAUGACGCAUAUAGUCUUAACUACUAUGUUUAUAAUUUACAUAUAAAAGUAAAUAACUUAAAUUAUUAUAUCAUACACAAAAUUUUGCUUUUUUGCACGUAAGUCUGACAAAUCUGUGAGCCGCAAUUUUCUCAAUUCUUUAAUGGCAUCACAUAAAACACGAAUCUAGUUUUAAUUUGACUUAAUUUUCAAUAAUAUUAUUAUUUUGUAGGUAUAAAUUUAUUGAAGAUAUAUUGAAGAGUCGAAAUAUAACAGAUAUAUCUGCUUACAUGUAACUUGGACUAACUUAAACUGACUCACAGGUCACGACACAAAUUUCGAAUGUUUGUAAGUUUAUCUACUUAUAAGUAGUUUAGAGAAAUUAUUUUGUUAAGUUGCGAGGUUGUGCAAGUGUUGCUUAUGGCUUUGAAGAAAAUAAGUCGAAAACGUAAUAAAAUGUUUUGUAUGGCGAAAACUUUUCAAUUCAAGAUAAUCAAACACUGCUCUAAAUGUAAUCUUAGUGUCGGCAAAUAUGAUUCUGUAAUAAUAAUCCAGUCAAAAAGACUUUUAAAUAUUUUUUUUCACAAGGGAGAUUGAUAAGGAUUUUUUUACAAUUCAUUUAUUAUAUUCUGAACAUUCAUACCAAUUUUUAACUCUUUGAGAAUUAUUGUAACCUUACUUCUAUUUUAAGGAUUAGUUGAGUGGACUAUAAUUACAAGAAUAUUUAUGUCUGCAGUCUAACUAUAGUAAAUAAAUGUGGGAUUAACUUAUAUUAUGUUCUCUGUUAGUAAAUUUAAUUUUCCUCAUUUUACUAGCAAUUCAAUGUAAAUCAAAACAAGCUAAAUCUUAGAACUAAGAGAACUUUAGGUGUUUUCCAUUGUGUCCUCUUGUUAGGGAUGAAGGUAUAUUGUUCUUUAUACAAUAGAAGUUACAAUUGUCGAAAAUUAUGUUACUGCUCGAGUUUGUCCUAAUGCUAAAAUGUUAAUUGGUUUCGUGUAAAUGUCAAGUAAACGAUUUAUUUAACACGUAACAUUGGUCAUUGUGUUAACAAUUUAUCUUUCUUUUUAAUUAAAUUAAAUUAAGUAACGAGAUUUAUAAAUUACAACUCUACCUAUAGACUAAUAGGUUUUCAAGAUUUUAUUCGUUUUAAUUUAUAUUUAUAAAAUUCAUAAUUCUUCACAUUAUAGACAAAAUAGGUUUAAUCUCUAUUCAUUUAUUGACAAACACGUGUUGUCGUCGUACCACUCUGCUAAGCCUAAACAGCGCAGACGAGGACACAAUGCCUAAAUUUCCAUAUAAAUUGUAUGUAUUUAUUACAAUAAAGUUUACGUACCUAAUAUGGAACGUCGUCUUUCAGUAUAGGUACAUAUCAAAAAAAAAAAUCAUUUUAAUCGGUUCCAUAUUCCUUUUAUGAAGCGUAGAUAAUCAUCUGAUGUAUUGAAGUUGCUGAGAUAAGGUGUGAAUGUGUUUAAAAAUAGUGACGUCCAUACUUAAGAUUUACUAAAGAUCUACAUUGUUAUAUUUAAGAAAUGCUUUAACGGUGGUUCAAAUAAUAAUUCGAGGGACAAAUUGAUUGCUGAUAACUUCCCAGUACCUAAAGAAAACCUAGGUAGUAGUAGGUAUUUGCGACGCAUUGUCAAGUGUCUUAUGGUGGAUUUGGUAUGUCUACUCGAAUCCCCUAUUGUAUUGAGUGAGAUGAAAUUUUUCCUUUAAGAUUGUAUUAGUUUUUUUUUGGAGAAGCGUAUGUGUGAUAGAGGCAGCAACUCUAUAAAACUAUAAUGGUGUCCCAGACUAUGAAUUCAUUGAAAGGUGCUUAGAGGUAAUUAAUAUAAAAUGUUCUGAAACUUUCAAAAGUUUCUGAAUGAUAUUUUUUUGUCGUGGUAAUUAUUUAUGACGUCAUUUUAUUGAUCUUUCUAACUUCAAACGUGGUAUUAAUGAUAAUAAAAAUAAAAUCGCUCCAUUUUCAUAACGAUCUAUUUAAUUAGUGAUUUGUUGUAAGAAGUACAUUUUAAUUUAAACCGAUCGACUAGAUUAAUCAAUAAAAUCACGUUGUAGAUUUGUGGCACAAGGAUGGUUCAUUCAUAGACUGGGGGGGGCAUUAUAGAACCUACUUAGUAAAAUAUUAUCUAAUAAAGUAAAUUAUGCAAUAAUUUUAAGACAUAGAUAUAAUAUAUUAUGGCUUUUGAAUUUGGCGACGGUGUUCACCAAACUUAUUAAGAUAGCUUGUAUGUGUUUAUAUGGAUACAAAGUUGUGGUUUGCCAGUCGUUAAAACCGUUUAUUACUUAUAAAUUAAGGGACUUUUAGAUCAAUGUUAUAAUAUUUUCUUUUUAUUAGGUGUUAAUAAAAAUCAACAACAGAACUUAUUGUGUUACGGUUGACAUAAAUACAAAAUUAUUUUCUCCCACCAUUCGUGUUAAAUCGAGUAAUGUUAAGCCAAAAAAUUAACGACUGAUAGACCUGUAGGUUUUAUGAUUAGUGCCGUGGGCAAAGUUGCUCAUGGGUGUUUAUGUAAAUAAUGUUGCUGGAUUUGGGUUCGAAAUUUAUACGAUUAUUUUUUUGUUAUUCCUGCGUUCCAUUCUCAGAGGGUUGAUUACCGGCAAGGACAUGCCGCCAAGCGAUUUAGCGUUCCUUUACGAUGUCGUGUAUAAAUCGAAAGGAGUGUGGAUUUUCAUUUCAUUCAUACUCUUAACAAGUUAGCCCGCUUCCAUCUUAGAUUGCAUCAUCACUUAUCAUCAGUUGAGAUAGUAGUCAAGGGCUAACUUGUAAAAAAUGAAAAAAAAAAUAGGAAUUUACGUUUUAAAUUGUACAGUUUUGCGUAUCGAUACGACGGUAAUUUGGUGUAUAAGUUUUAAAUUGUAUCGCAUAAUGGUUUAACGUUUCAGUACGAUGGCAUAUUCUUAAGUGGUUUCUUCGCCGCUUAUAAUAAAGACGACUAAAGUGAAAACUGUUAAGUGCUAAUUUUUUUGUUGAAUUUAUGAAAAAUUGUAGGAUUUUAAUUUCAACUUUUAACACUGUAGGACACAAUAUUUCAAAAUGGUGUUCUGCAAGGUGAUAUUUUAUUGCCUCUGUUUUAUUACGGCGAUAAAAUCCAGCAACAUUAUAAUUUAUAAUAUAUGUAUGUAUAAUUAUAUAUAUAUUGCUUUUUGUAGUUCCUACUCCCGUAUUAAAAUUACUUAACGCCUUGUGUGGUUGCCUAACCUUUUCAUCUUUUUUCUAUUAUAUCAAUUUAACUUACUAUAUAAAAUCAGCUAUUUUGUAGACAAAUGUAUCGACUUUAUUAAAAAAAACUACACAAUUGCACUACAAUGUAGGUAUGAUUUAAAAAAAAAAAUUAGAUUAAUAUAUUUUUGAAAAAUCAUUAUGCAUUUAGUUUGAUAUAAUGAUUUGUAUGUUAUUAACAUGCUUAUUAAAUUUAUGUAGGCGUAAAUAUUUCUACAAGCGAAAAAUAAAAGUUUAAUGCAGU